AUGGUCAAAACCUUCUCGGGCGUGGACCAUGUUUCGGCGCUCCUCGUGCCGUAUGGCAGCACCUUCCAGACGGCUUUGGGAACGACGGCCAGGAUUUUCGGUGUGUCGGCUGCUGCACUGGCCCCGGAUUUGUCGACGUUGCUGCUUCUCUGCGACCGCGGAGAGAUCUUCGAGGCGACUGUGGCGUUUGGCAACCGCAGCAUCAGCUUUUCGUCGCUGUCCUGGCAGGACCGGCGAGAACUUCUGGCUCGAGACAGGAACGGGAAGCCCAUCACUCUGGAUGCGGAGGGCCUCACUGUCGCCGGGAGCCAGGUCUUUGUGUCUACGGAGCCUUCGAGGCUUUUUAGGCUCCCCGACUGGGCCUCGGCACCUUGGAAACGCCCUGCCGGUCCUCUUGAGGCGCAGUUGCUGGCCCAUCAGCCUUCCGAGUAUUUCGCGGGGGAGCUGCCGAACCAGGGCCUUGAGGCUCUGACAUCGCCACGCACCAAGGAGGCUGUCACGAGCAUCGUGACGGGCAUCGAGGGGCCACUAGUCCAGGACGACCCGAGAGUGCGGCGAGUUUUGGAGGUGGAUGCGGCUUCUGGAAAGCUCCUUCGAUCCCAAUUCUUUCUGCUCGAUGAGGCAGAAGGAGGAGUCCCGCAGCUCCUGCUGAGUGAGAUCGCUGCCUUGGACGCCGAGGGCCUAGCCGGAG